AUGCCCACCAAGCCACCAAUGAUAUUCAUCAACCUCCCCGUCUCCUCCUUCCCAGACUCCAUAACUUUCUACACAGCCCUCGGCUUCGUCCAGAACAAAUCCUUCACCGAACCGGGCAAUGUAGCAAUGAUGUCGCUCCCGCCCUUCGACCCUCCUGACAGCGGAGUUGGCAUGAUCAAUGUCAUGCUCCACACCCACGAGAAGUUCCAGGGUUUCAUGCCCCCCGGCAAGCAGAUCGCCGAUGCUAAGAAGCGCACCGAGGUGCUGUUGUGUCUGAGCUGUGAGUCGAAGGAGGAGGUGGAUGAGAUGGUGGAAAAAGCGGUGAGAGCCGGUGGGAAAGGGCAGGUGUGUCCGAAGCAGAAUGUGAGCGAGGCGAUGUACGGAGAUAGCUUUGAGGAUUUGGAUGGGCAUGUUUGGGAGCUGGUGUGGAUGAGUGAGGCCAUGGUGAAGGGAGAGGAGCCGCCAACGAAGACGAUGAAGGGGGAGAAAGAAGACGAGAAGAAGGAUUAA